ACACACACACACACACACACACACACACACACACACACAACACAACACUGGAUAUGACUCGUGUGGUGUGCUGGACUCGGAGUGACAGUUGGGAAUAAUAACCGGUUCUGCAUCCAGUCAGUGUUUUUUCGAAGAUGAAGUGACACCAGCAGAACCUGCAGCCCCGACAGAACCCAGUUUGAAUGCUUCCAUCAGAAGAAACAUAACAUAAAAGAUGUCGGUGAAGCUGCGAUUCGAAUCCCCCGCAGAUGGAGGUUUGGUCAACAGGAGCCGCUCCUUCACCGGGUUCAGCUCUCUGACCGGACGACAACGGUCGUCUUCUGUUCGUAACUCUCUGCGCUCCAAGGCCAAUUCUGGAGGUAAAUCUCCCAGAAUGCACAACAGAGCUCUCUGGUCUCUGCAGCCGGAGACAGUGGACACCGUCUUCCAGUCGCUGCGCAAAGGACUCAAGGAGUACCUGGAGGGUCACCAGGCAGAGAUGGACUUCCUGUCUUCUCAGCAGAGAGAGACCAAGAGAAACUCCAGACUGGCUUUUCUUUAUGAUCUGGAGAAGGAGAUCAGAGCUUUGGAGAGAUACAUACGGAGAUUAGAGUUUCAGAUCAGCAAGGUGGAGGAGCUUUAUGAGACGUAUUGUAUUCAUUGGAGGCUGUGUCAGGGAGCGGUGAACAUGAAGAGAGCCUUCUCACUGUCACCCUCCACCAGAGCCUCCAGAGACAGCCUGCUGGAGCUCAGCCGCAACCACACACACAGCUUGCAGGACAUGUCAGUUAUGGAGGGAGAGUUGGAAAUACUCCUUGGAGAGCUACACAUCAAAAUGAAAGGUCUGAUCGGUUUCGCUCGACUCUGCCCUGGAGACCAAUAUGAGGUGGUGGUACGGUUGGGCCGCCAGCGGUGGAAGAUCAGAGGGAAGAUCGAGUCUGACGACACUCAGGCCUGGGACGAAGAGGAGAUGGUCUUCCUCCCUCACAUACAGCACAACUUCGAGAUCAAGGUGACGGAGGCGAAGGGUUUGGGUUGGCUACUGGUCGGCAUGGUGACGUGUGCGAGCGCUGACUUCUUUGUGGCGAGGCCGCAGCUGAUGCUGGUGGACAUCACGGAGCUGGGAACCAUCAAACUGCAGCUGGAAGUCACCUGGAACCCGUUUGACAGCUCAGAGAAGAUGAGGCCGCUGUCAGUCAGCAGGCAGUCGGUGUCCAGCAGGAAGAGCUCCGUCUACAGCUGGACCGCACCGAGCACCCCCUCCUUCACAGAGAAAUACUUUAUAUCGAUGAUGCGUGAGCUGCAGGAUCCGGAAGGUUCCCUCCCUUCUCUGGUGUCUAAGAGUCGAUACAACAGAGGCGGCGUGUCUCUGCUCAGCUACCUGUCCAACCCCUCACACACCGGCACGCCAAACCACAGCCAGCAGAGCCCCUACAGUCGCAUGCGGACUCACAGCUACCCCUCCAGCCACAGUCAGGGCACCAGUCUGGGGGGAAGCCAGACUCAGCUGUUCUUCGAGGAGGAAGAAUCCCUGGAGGUCUCUACAGAGGAGGGGGAGAGGAGGGAGGAGAAGGAUGAAGAGGAGGAGUGGGAAAGUGUGUUGGAUAAUUCCUCCAUUCCGGCGCAGAGUAAAGCUGGUUCCCUGCUGGCUCUGCAGAGGUCCAGCACUCCUGACAUCCUCAGGAAGAACACAGAUGGAGAAGCAGACACAGAUAAACACAGUGCAGCGCGGGGACAGGACCCUGUCAGCAUUCAGGACUCCUCACAGUGUGUGUCAUAUUCUGCCCCUGCAUCACCCACAUCACCUUCCAAACUGACGGUCCCACCUCCUUCCUCCCCCACGACCACUGCUCCAACCCCGGGAAGGUUGGGGGUGAGCGGCGCCCAGCGCAGGGCCCAGGCCAUCAGGCUGGGAGCCCUUUUCGCAGAGCUGGAGAAGACCUUACAGAACCAGAGCUGCCCUGAGAAGGAGCUGAGGGCCCUAGACCAACAGAUACUGCACCUGUCUACCAUCCUGAAGAACAACCUCUCCCUGCUGAGGAGCUCAUCCUCAGAAGAGACUCUGGCUGUAGAGGAAGUCCUGGAAAGCUUCGACUUCCUGUCCAAUGACUUUAAUGCGGAUGAUGACACUUCCUGUUUGGGCAGCCUUAGACUAAAGGACAGUGGCAUCAGCUCUUUGCAGCAGAGCACUGCAAAGACUCUCGGCUUCCUCGCCCAGAACAGCCAGUCAACUUCAGAAGAAGAGUUGGUCAUCACCCCUUUGACUUCUGGGAAUUGGGGUCUCGACCAGGCUCUUGAGACUCACCUGGAUAUUUGUUGUAUCCUGCUCCAGAUGAUAAAAACGACCGACUUCAGCCCAUCUCGGAGGGACCUGCUGGAGGAGAUGUCUCUGCAGGCUGAAGUCCUGGACAGAAUCAGCUGUCUGCUGCUGGAGAAGAACGACAGCCUCUCUGCUAGAGACAUCCUCCCUAAGGCCCAGAGAACAAGGGCUGUGCUGUUGUUCUGGGAAGAGUGUGUGACUGACAGCAGCUCUCCUUUCUGCUGCCUCGCCGACACCUUCGCCAGGACACUAAGGAAACGUUACACACACAAGGUGAAGGCCAAGGAGCCCGGACAGUCAGAGAAAGUGUUCUCUCAGCUCCUGCUGCAGCUGCAGACAGCCUGUCGGAUGGUGCCAAGCCCCCGGCCACUCUGCAGCCCACAGAGAGUGUCCCUCUCCCAGCUGUCUGUCUAUCUGAAACGCUGGAGCAUCCUGGAGCUGGGAGAGCACAUCUCACGCCUCUCAAAAGAAGAGUACAUCCUGUCCGCCUUGAAGGGCCCCAAAAGGAGGCGGGCUUUAAAUAAACUGAGGGGACGGAGCAUUGCAGAGCUCCUCCCCCUGAGUUGCACCCUGCAGACUCUGGCGGCGCUGCAGCUCGACUCCAACCAUAAAAUAUGCAAAGCUGCAGCGAGCUGUCUCUGCAGGGCUGCCGGCUGCAAGGCCUUCAGGAGCAAGGCAGUCGUUUACUACACAGAGAGUUUGAAAAGCACUGAUGUUCAGAUCCAACAAGGCUCCUGUCUGGCACUUAAAUGCCUCAGGGCGACAGAGAGUGUGGACUACAUAGCAGAUGUGUGGAAAUCAGCGGAUGAAGAUCUGCGCUGCGCUGCCAAAGAAACCGUCCUCUCUUUCGGUAAAAAGGGCUACCUGGCCUUCCAGAGGAUGGACCAGCUCUACACUGAGAUGCAGGAGGAGACGUACCAGAACCAAGAGACUGAGAUCACAUUUCUAUAGGAACAAUUAAGACAUUAAGAAGGUCUUUUUCUGAUGGGAGCCAACAUGAAGAGUCUCUGUGAUCCUGAGGAUGAGGAGAGACUACAUGUAAAGAAAGUUUGUGCUGAGGGGGAUGCCAGGAUGAGGAAUGGUACUUUAUUUUUGGUUUGAAAAAGUCUGUGCUACCUUCAUGACAAAUACCAAAAGGGACGAGUCAGAGGAAAAUCUAAAGACAGUGACUUUGGAUCGCUCGUGAGAGAGUUUACUGGGAACGUGAAUUUAUAUUGGUGGAAUACGAAGAGUUUUGUACAAAGAAGAAGGAGUUCUGUUGUCGAUUGCAGUGCCACUAUUUAACAUGCGAAGAUGCCUCAUGCAGCUGUAAAAUGAUUCCUGCUUUACAUGGUUUUACAAGGUUUACAUGGUUUGAAAAAAAUGAAGGAUAAAUGUAUUAUUAAUUCACAUAAUGUAACAAGUGAGUGAUUAAAUAGCAUAACCCUAACAUUGGAAUAUCUGUGAACGUUAAACACUUAGAGACCAAAUAAAUCUGCCUGAACCCGUCCUGUCUGACAGUCAGGUUUUAAAAGAGGAAAUAAACCUCAUGCAGAAGAA